AUGCAUUCUAUAGUAGCUUUGGAUUCUUCGCCUCACUGCAGGCCGAGUCCAGAUGGCCGAUUUGUUGCAACCCUUAUAUCCUCGGAGGUGCUUGUCCGCUCAACUGAGACCUUGCAAGUCACCAAUGUCGUAAAACUGUCCGCUGGACCUGGAUCUUCACCCUCCUCUUCGGCAACCGGCGGUUCAGCGAGUGUGCCUACUUUGUUGUGGGCUCCGUCAUCCUCCAAGUUCCUCAUUUCCAUAGCCGAUCAGCUGGAUGUAUUUGGGGCGCUUCAUCCUUCUACGUUUCACGCAACAGUUCGCAAUUACAGCUCUCUGUGUGGUGGGAAGCCGUCCCUUGUUCAGUUUGGAGCUCGAGAUACCGAGAUCCUAAUCUGGUCCGCAUCUGGAUUAAAGCUUGUAGUCAUCGAUGUGUGCGGCUCCGGUGCGGUCGAGAUUGAGAGUCCCAAAUUCCACCAAUCCGUGUCUGCAUCACGAGGCCUAUCCCUCCGCCCAGAGUCCGGGCAUUUGGCGUUACUUGGUCGGUCUGGUGGCAGGGAUAUCGUGAGCCUCCAUCAUCCCGUGAGUCGGCAAGUGCUCAGGUCUUGGUGUCCAGAGACGCUUGAUGCGCAGGGCAUUACCUGGUCCCCUGACGGCCAGUGGCUUCUUCUUUGGGAGUCACCUGCUCAAGGCCACCGCCUCCUCAUUUACACGGCUGAUGGCGAGCAUUUCCGUACCAUUACAGCGUCUAACCUUUUGAAAGGGCCAGAUGCUGACCUGGAACUUGGAGUCAAAAUCUGUCAGUUGAGCCCCAACACAGAGCUGUGUGCCAUUGGAGAUUACAGUAGGGAUGUUACUCUUCUCCGUACGCCAUCUUGGAGGGCACACCUAAAGUUGCCUCAUCCGGCCACCAUAGUCCCAAGGGAUACUCUCCAGGUAUGGCAAGAGAAGAUUGAAACCGAAUCUCCACAGGCGCGAGCCACCCGCACUUUUGUCAGGGCUACUCAGAUAUUGUCACCCCCGGGGCCUGCUACCGAUGCUCAGUCUGUGACUGCUGAAGUCAAAUCCGGCUGCUCAUUGGCUGCAUUUGACGCAUCCUCGACCCUCUUGGCAACAAGACUGGAGGACUCGCCGUGCACUCUAUGGAUCUGGGAUGUCGUUGCGGCCGAGCUUCGAGCCGUCCUAAUCUUUCACAGUACUGUUUCCUUCCAAUGGCAUGCGAGCUCCCGUGAGCUCCUUUUAGUUACUUCGCAAGACCCUGCGCAUCAUGGAGUCUCGUUCAUCUGGGAUCCCCUGUCUAAUGGGCCGACGCCUCUUGUACCAGAGGACGUCUUGCCAGAGGGAAAAGCGGUGGGCAAAGCACAGGUUGCAUGGAUCAACCGCGAGACUGAAGUUCCCGUCUUGUUUGUCUCUGAUGCGCAGCACUACCUUUUACUCUCUCCGUCCAAUGCUGGCCAGGAUCCGAAUCCUUGGCAGCAAGCUGCCGUAGGCCACAGUGGAAUCGCUCAGUAUGAUAGCCCGACGUCGUCUGACUACGCUAUGGCCGAUGCAGAUGAGACAGCAAUUGCGGAUGAUACCUUUUCUUUCAGAAAAUUUGAGAGGGCGUAA